AUGUGGAUGAAGGUUAUCCUGCUGGUAAGCUCUCUGGUGCUGGCCAGUGAAGGCCAGAGCAGAGCCACCUUCCAAAGGGGCAAUGACCACAGUGGGCGCUGCCAAUACACCUUCACUGUAGACAGCCCAGCAGAAGCCAGCUGUGCCAGUGCAAACAGGGGACCAGAGAUGGAAAACGUGAAGUCUCGCCUCACACUGCUGGAGGUCAUGGUUAGUCGGGUGCUUGGUGGUGGUGGAAGUGGAGGCAGAGCUAUGGUGGAUGCCCAGGUUGUGCUGGAGAGAGACCAGCUACAGCAAGACAAAGAGCAGCUGAACAGGCAGGUCCAGGAGCUGCAGAGAAGAGUGGAGGAACUGACCGUGGAGACGGGGAGACUCAGGGACCAACCCUGCCCCUCAGCACAUGGCAUCCCUACGCUGCAGGAUUUCAGCCAAAACACAGACCAUGGUGAGUCUCGGAAGACACCUAGGGGGAAUCAAUAUUACAGUCUGGUGUCACGGCAACACAGGUCACAGGGAAAGUCUCCCGCCUUGCAGGCACCAGUGGGCAGCUACCCUACUUUUCAGUUAGGCAAUGCUGCUUUCCAAGAGCUAAAGGCUGAGGUGUCAGAAGUCCCAGCACCUCAUCGGGUCCAGGAGAGCAUCCAGAACCACACAGGUUGUGGGGAGGUGGUGUCCGUGGGAGUGCCACAGACCCACAGAAAGGCUGAUGGUAUUUCGGGUAAGUAUGGAGUUUGGCUCCAGGACCCUGAGUCCCCUGGGGUUCCCUAUGGCCCUGAGACUGUGUGGCGGAUCGACACCGUGGGCAAAGACAUUAAACAGAUCUUCGCCUACGAGAACAUGCAGCAACUGGUGCGAGGGUUCCCCUCCAAAGUAGUGCUUCUUCCCGAGCCGGUGGAGAGCACCGGUGCCACUGUGUACCGUGGGUCGCUGUACUACCAGCGCAAGCGUAGCCGCACCCUGAUCCGCUUUGAUCUGGCCUCUGAGAACUUGGCGGCCCGUCAGGAUUUGCCCCAUGCUGGUUUCCACGGGCAGUACCCGUAUUCAUGGGGAGGGUACACUGACAUCGACCUGGCAGUGGACGAGGAGGGCUUGUGGGCCAUUUACAGCACCAGCAAGGCCAAAGGAGCCAUCGUCAUUGCUAAAAUCAACCCGGAUACCCUGCAGGUCCUUCAGACCUGGGAGACCAACAUUCGCAAGAACACAGUGGCCAACACAUUCAUGGUGUGUGGUCGACUGUACACUGUGGCCAGCUACAGCUCCCCAAACACCACCCUUAACUACGUCUACGACACACGCACCAAGGAGAGCAGAGCGAUGGCUGUACCCUUCCAAAAUCGCUACCGUUACAACAGCAUGAUUGACUACAACCCAGCCAACAGGAAGCUCUAUGCCUGGGACAACUUCCAUAUGGUCACGUAUGAUGUGAGGCUGGGGAGACCAGGCAGUGUCUGA